ACUAUGGACGAUGCGAUAUCUUGCCGGUACGGCGCGAAUGAUUCGUCCCUCUGUUGACAGGUUUUGGCGGUGGGGGAGGGAGGGAGGGAGGAGGGUGACGAUCGCGUAGCACAACAAAAGCAAACAGAAAGAUUCACCACGAUCGUACGACGGCUUCGCAGGUUUGGGAAUCAUAUAAAAGUGGCCGUCAGACGGACGGACAGCAUCAAGUUGUGUUCAGCUCACCGAACAGUAGACAGUUCUUUUGACGCGGAUUCGUCCCUUUUUGAAAGUGUCCAACCAACCAACAAACCAAACUUCAAAAUGAAAUUCUUGAUCAUGACCAUCUGCCUGUUCGUGCUGGCCUUCGCCCUGGUGUCGGCUAUCCCUGCGGUGCACGACGAAGGCAUCUUCGGCGCUGACGGAGCUGCGGAUGAAACCCUCAACGUUCAGGAUCCGCAGGCCUUCCUGCUGAAGAAACUACUGCUCAAGAAGAAAUUGCUGCUGCUCGGUUAAGAACACCCAAUGAAACAACCACAGCCUUACUCCCUAAUAAUAAGCAAUCUGAACUACAAUGCUCCUAAUUCACAACGCCCACUCCAUGGCUAUUCCCCCUCCUUAUCCAAAAAACAAUCCAAUACCCACCCUUCGCUCAUCCCGCCGACUAUGGCUCGGUCUAAUUACACGGUCGGAUGCAACACUCGACUGAUGAAAGCGUGUGCACAAGGACGAUCACGAUCACUGGCACAGUGCGUAUCGGAAUUACGGUAACGGAAGCUUAUUUGCUUAGUUUUGCUGCUAGUCUUGUUUAGCACUUGCCAAAUCGGUCACGCUAGAUGCCACGGCCCGGAAGAGAAAGGAACAUAGGCAGCGAGAAGGAGAGAGCUUCUAUUUUUAAGGUGCAAUACGUAGUACAAUCUACGCUACUAUGAGUAUUCGCGAGAGAGAUAUUUUUAUACAUAAAUGAUAGCUUUUUUUUACUAAACAGUGAUUCCAAAAGUGGCAAACACGUACUCUUGCCCCGCUUCGUCACUUGCUCAAAAGACAUAAGAAAGAUGUACAAAAGUUCUGAAAAUCUACUCCAAAUAAAAAAACAACAUACAAGCAACA